AUGGCGGACGGAAGAAGCUUUAGGGAAGUAGCACUUCAUAGUGAUAGAAAUGGUGGAAAGACGGCUGAUUUUACGAUAGCAACCACGCUGACAACAACAGUAAAAGAUGAAGAUUAUGCGAAAUCACACGUUGGAGGUGGAUAUGCGUAUCGAGAGAGUGGGCUUGCGGACGCUGUCACGAGAAAUCGCUUUAUUUUCUGGUCGGUACUUUAGUUUAAAAUAUAGGCUUAAUACCUUUUAGCUGGAGCUUUUAACGGGUGAUACUUAAUUUAGAUUAUGCUAUGCUCGGAACUGUCACGUGUAAGUACUCACAAACUAUUCCUCACAAACAAACAGCUGUGAAGUCGAAAAUAUGGUAAUAUGAAAAGCUUCGUUUAAGCUGAAGUAGCUGGUGGAGAUAUCUUAUCUUGCAGAUAUUGUAAAGCUCAUCUUAUCCAAAUCUAAGAUGUGUUGGGAAACGUUUGUUUCUAAAUUGUACAUAAACGUAAUAAUUAUUAGAAUGUUUAGUUCCGUAGGGAAUACAAGGUUUUUAUAAAUUAACGUAAAUGUUUCUUUUUUGUAGGAGAAUUAUUAGAAUUUUUAGUUCUGUAGGGAAUACAAUGUUUUUAUAAAUUAACAUAAAUGUUUCUUUUUUGUAGGAGAAUAACAGACAAUGUACUGCAUUUGGUUGAACAAUCAUUGGAUUACAAUCUCACUGGGAAUAGCCUUAAAUUACAAUUUGCUGGUGGUUUUCUUCUGCCAGUUGUGUACAUAUUUGAAACCCGUGCACACAUUAGUGUUUUAGUGGCCACAACUAGCAGUGUUCAUAGGAUUGUAUUUUCUCAUCCUGAAAGACUUCACAGACAUGCAAGUUCUUUUUUCUUGUCCUUUUUAGUUUCAUUGUACGAGUGAUUCUAUAACUACAUUGUACUCACAUAGAGUAACUUCAGAGAACAAAAGAAUUUGCACCCCUCCCCUGCCCUCGCUGUUCAAAGUUGGGGUGUUUGUUGUUUUCUAUAGGUAGCUUGAACAUAGGCACUACAUUGCAUGGAGGAGAUGAGGAAGGAAAAGCUAUACUUCCUCCUGUUGAAUUCAGUAAAAUGUAAAAAAGCCCAAUUUAGGGUGACGUGUCUCAGCUUGUUUUGUCGCCGAUUUUAGUAAGAAACAAAGGUUAGGGAGUGAGGGCGAGAUAGAGUGAAGGUCAAAAUGCUCUUGAUCCAGCACUGUGCUCGACAGAAUUCAAAGUACACACAAUCAGAUAUCAAGUGAUAGGAGGUCCCAAUGGGCAUGAUCAGAUUGUGUUCCAUACAUUCCAUCCAUUCUUGGUGAAAGUCCAGAUAAAUUCUGAUUUUAUAGAAGCCUCAUAUGCGUAUUAGUGUUAUUAAGAAAAAUUCUAUUUUACUGUGCACAGGGCUUUGCCUUAUCUUCUUCAUCUGAGGGCAGCCAGCAAUCAAUCUUCACUGACUUCUCUCCUCGUGAUCUACAAGAACCUUGUAACACUGCGACUUUUUCUCAUUCUUGUUUAACAUUCUCAAGUUGGCUUUGUCAGGAUGGAAAUUGCCUUUUUGCUUUAGCAACAGGGACAGGCAUGAUCUUGUUGAUUAAAUUGCCACCUCCAGGCACUGAUGGUGAGUUAAAAUAGUAGAAAUAAUUAUCCCAUCCAUGUAAGCCGUCUUAUGUUUUAAAACCCUUUGAUAAUGGACUGAUAUAUGGAGUAAGGUGUCGGUGGAGGGGGAGGGGGGGUACCCCCCCUAUAUGGCCUAUACGGAAUUGUGCUGCUGUACAGGGUAUGGUUUUUGACCUGGCUGUCCUAAACAAGUUAUGUAAUUUAACGUGAGUCUGUCAAAAAGGUAUUGCCUGCACGAUUGAUUUGAUUUGCUACAUGUAGAUGAAUUUUGUUUGUACUAAGAAUACAAAAGCAGUGACCAUAACGUGAAAACAAGAUGGCAUACAUUUUGUCCUUUGUCCUAAACAGGGUAAUAAAAUUGAGGGUGUUGUUCUAAACAGGAUUUUUCUGAUUUGCUAUACCUGCCUACACCUGUUGAUUAGCCCUUCUAUUUGUGGGCAGAGCAGUCUGUAAAUUUGGUUUUUAAAUGUUGAAAUAAAACAAUAAUGUAAAAAAAAUAGUAAAUCAGUUCCAGGUAGUUUCUGGGUCAACUGUAUUUUUCAGUGACAGUGCAGAAGGGGCUGGAGAGGUCUUCCUUAAUCCUUCUGACCCCUUAAAUUUCUGGACAUUCUGUUGACUUGACUAGACAUUUUGUUUAGAACUGUAAGUUGACAAAAUGAAGGAACCUAUGAAACUGUGUUCUCAAUUUAGCAACUCUACUUGCUUCUAUUUCUAGUACAGAGCUGAUGUAAAUGUUUUAAGGUGUAGCCAACUAAACUACUGUAGUUACAUAAAAUGUAACUUAUUGAUAAAAACACUUUCUACAGGUCAAGUUGAACAGUUUGAGUUACAACAAGCAGGAAUGAUUCAGCGCCUGUGGUCAGGUCUUGUUCCCUCCAGUCUCAGAAGGGACAUGCUAGCAGCUGAUGCUGUAGUGAGUUUGGUUAUCCAUCCAUUUGGGAAACACAUGUGUGUGUUUGCACUCUGCAGAGACCUGAAACUCAGGAUCUGGUCUUGUCAGGUGAGAUAUCAGCACGUGUGUACAAAAAUCUUAUUCAGCUUGAAUAUACUAAGAAAGUUAAAAACAUACUGUAGAAGCAGGGAGGUCAUCUUCAGUGUAAAACAUUUUUGUUAAGGAAUAGCUUUUACUUUGGUUACAUUGUUUUUUUAUAUCUCUACUUGUGUUAACAACCAUGUACAUGGAUGUCAUGUUUGAUUCAUUCCUUGUUUCUUUCAAGCUAUUUGUUUAUCUGAUUUAAAUCUGUAGGAUCAAACAUGUAUUCAUGUUAAAGAUCUUUUGGAAGAUAUUUCUGAUGAUGUUGAUGUUCAGAGCUCUCCAGGUAAAGAAAAUAUUCACAGUCACAAGGAUGAUGAUAUUGCCAUUUAAUUUCAUGCAGCUCACAAAAGAAUCAGCAUAAAGUUCUUGUGUUGACUGUUGGUUAAAUUGAUCUGAGGCUGCCUUUAAUGAAAAAAAAAACAAGAAAAAUAAUAAAAUUGUGAUUGGCUAAAACAUGUAGCAUUGACAUAUUCUUGGGUAGUGAACUGCAAUGUGUACGGCUUUAAGUGGAAAUAUUGAGAUAGUUUUUUAAAAUAAUAAUUUUUAUCAAAGAAACCAUCCAUCUUGAAUAUCAAUACCAGCUAAAAAUGCUUAUUCUUCCCUACAAGACAGAGCUGAAAACUGUUUACCCAGUGCAUAGCUCUUGCAUCCUUUAAGAUGCUCUACUCCAAAGAAAUUAAAAUAACUUUACAAUGUACUUUAACCUCAGGAAAGAAUGAUUAUUAUUCUUUACAGCUCAAAGUCAUUUGCUUCGAAAAGUGGUGGAUCCUGCAACAGGAAGAUUUUAUCUUGGGUUGUUUUUAAGUAUAGCAGAUAACUCUCAGGUUAGCUUUAUGGCAAUAGUUUUUAUAUUGAUAUGGUGAUAACUACUUUAUGGUAAAUGUACUGUUUGCUGAAUAUCUGUUCUAUGUGUUUUAUUUUUUCAGUUCUGUGUUUAUGAAGUAAUAGCAGCAAAAGAGGGAAUUAUUCUAUCACAAAUUUCAUUCUCUUAUUUUAAAAAGGUAAGGUUAUUGUGUAAUUAUCCUGACCGCAAUGAACUGGUCCUUGUCCAUAACAACAAUAAUGAACAGUGUUCACACAAACUCUUCUAUGCUUAAAGAAACUUUUCCUCAUUGUAUAAGCAUUGAUUUCUUAUUGUAGCGAGCAGCUGUAAUAAAAAUUGACUGCUUGUUGCUAAUUUAGCCAUUUUUGUGAAGCACGAAAAUCAGUUGUCAGCAAUUUCUUUCAAAUUUUGUUUUUCAAAACCAGGAGAAUCUUGUUGACUUUGCCGUGACUCCAUCCCACAUUUGGACAGUAUGGAGGAACACAGAGGGUGAAACAAUGGUGUAUGUCAAACCCAGUGAAGGGUAAGGGAUUUUAUUAGUUGAGGGGUAAGAGGAGUGCUUAUCCAUUUACACUGCAGGGCUGUCCUACAGAACAUGUAAAAAAAAUUUAAGUUACGUAAGUCUAGUAAAAUAGGAAAAGUACCUAGUGAUCUGACAUUUUCUUGUGGUCAAGAUAUCAAUAUUACAUAGACCAAAAUAACUACAGUAGAACCUUGAUAACUCAAACUGGAAUAACUCGAAUUACCUGCUAACUGAAACUAAAUUUCCUUCCACUGAAAUUUACCCCAAUAACUCGAAUUCCCCAGUAACUGGAACUGUUUUUAGUUUCCCUUCAGAGUUUGAGUUACCAGGGUUCUACUGUAUGACUUACAUUCCUAAUUAGCAAGGCAAAAUCCAUGGCCCCCAGCCGUAAAUGACAAGUCUGUGCUAAAAGGACACCCAUCAAGAACGUAGGGUGUCCAGAACUAUGCAAAAUGUUUUGUGGCACUAUGCAGGGUGAAGGAAGUAUACACUCAUGAACAACAGAGAAAUUAAGUGCUAUUAGAAAACUUAUGAAAAAGAUGGCAGAAAGAAAAAGAACAGCAAAACUUGUGUGUGUGUGACAAAUGUGACAGGGCUCAGAUUACUAUGACUUGUGCUGUUAAAAAUAUCUGUAUAAAGGAAGGUGAAGUUUGCUGGAAAAUGUUUUCAUACAUACCGGUAAUUAUUGUCUUGCUUGGCAUGCCACAGAAGGUUUGCGUUGCUAUUUCCUCUAUCAUCCUAUUGCAUAAGUUCAGUAAUGAGUGUGGACAGCAAUGCUGUACUAUACAGUGGAUUAGCAUGUAUGUUGGUUGAGACAUUACCAGUCUCAUUCAGGUUAAAUAAAAGUUUAUCACUAUCUUUCAGAGGUGGACUGCAACAGACAAGUUGGACAAGAGUGUUUUUAGAACCAACAGAUCACUUUGAUGUUGAGAGUGCAACCUACAAAGAACAUAGAGUGAGUCAACUUAGUAGUCAGAUUACCUGGAGGAAGCAGUUGCUUGAUGCAAAUUUGGUUCAGAGGCUGUGCAGUGUUUGCAACCUUAAAAAUACCUGCACCAUUUAGGAAAACAACCUCUGUUUUAGUACACAGUCUGCUGUUUUUUUCUGAAACAUUAAGACCUUGUGUAGAACAAGCUCACGUGGAAUUGUACACCCUUUUAAGGACAGAGGGGGAAAAAAAUGUAACCUGUCUAGCAGCCACCCUUGUACACAUUGUACAAGGCCAAAUAAGGAGGUAUCCCCCAUCCUCCACCCAAGCCUUAAUUUGUUUACAUGGUCCCACCCUACAAUAGAAAGAAUAAAAAUUCUGUCGUUUGUUAACAGCCAAAAUCUGAAACACAUACAGAAAGCAUUAUUUCCUGUACAGCAAGGAGUGGGGGUGGUGCAGAGCACUCGCCUCCUACCACUGUGGCCCGGGUUCAAAUCCUGCCGUUGACGCCAUAUGUGGGUUGAGUUUGUUGUUGGUUCUCUCCUUUGCUCUGAGAGGUUUUUCUCCAGGUACUCUUGUUUUCCCCUCUCUUCAAAAACCAACAUUUUCAAAUCCCAAUUUCACCUAGAAUCAGGUAGACGAAGAACCACCAUGUGGAUUUGCUACCUCCAAAUCGCUAUUUAUUUAUUUUAUUUAUAUAUUUAUUUUAUUAAUGGUGUGUUGUGUAAGUAUCUAACUUAGUUUCUGGGUGAUCUUUUCCUAGGAGGUGUAUCUGGAGCAAAUUUUCUACCCUGGAAGGUUUUCAAAUAACACCAUUCUGAAGGCCAUGCAGGUUUGUCACUUUAAGCACUUAGUUCUAUAACUUACUAAGUCCCAGUUAUGCAUGCUCAAUCUGCAUCUCAUUCGAUAAUUGGGUAGCCUGUGUCUUAUUUUCAAAAAGGGAACCUGAGUUGAGGUAACUUGAAGCUUGCUUGCUACAUUGGUAACUUGUGGUUUGUGUAGAACUUGAUCUGUUUACUUCAAUGCAUGCCACUUUUAAUUGUGUAAAAUUUGACGGUCUUUGGGGAUGUUAAAUAAAAUUUCAGUUGUUAUGAUUAACAUUAAAUUUGGAUAAAUUGCAUUUAACAGAUUUAUCGUCAUCUACCAGUUUCAAACAUCGUCAAUGAAGUUGAUGAGACAGUUUCAAGAAGAGACCUUAAACAGGCUGUAAUCAAUCUUAUAGACUCUGAGGUUUGUGUUGUAAAAACACUUUUACUUUGAGGCUGCAACAAGGCACAGUAAUUGAAAUGUCAUCUUGCCUUUUGUAUUGUCUUUCUAUAAUAAGGCACCCCGAUCAUGCUUUCUAUUCAUUUUUAUCUUAUUUCUUUAGAUUCAGAUGUCUGCUCCAGAUUAUGAGAUGCUUCAUGAUCAAUUUAACAGUUUGCAGCUUCAUUGCUGGUCCAAGUUCUUCAGCUAUGUUGUACAGUACCAUCAAGUACGCUUUGUCAUACUCACCUGUUUAUCUUAACAUUCAUAUUGACCACUAAUGAAAGAUGAAAAUGAAAAUUAUCACCCAAAUGAACUACCACUGAUGGUGUUUACAUAAUGGUCACUUGUUAGUGAUUGCCUUACCUGUGUCAACAGUGAUUGCCUAGCCUUUGUAUUGGCAUCUCCUGUUUCCUUUGAAGUAAAUUGAGGGAACUGUAGACCUGUCCCUGCUAGGUUCGAUAAGACCUCUUUUAAUUUGAAACUAUUUUUCUUGUCACUAAAUCAAUGUUUCUUCAAUAGUAUUCCAUUUCUGUUUACAAGCAUCAUAUUUUGGGACAUGACAAGGAUGUCUGCUAAAUUAAUUUCCUUUAUCCUUUUUCCUUUCAGGUUGCAAGUAAAGUCUUGGGUAUUUUUGUUGACAACAACACAGGUUUGGUCAGUUUAGUUCGAAAGGUAAAUGUUGGAGUUGAAUCACUAGUUUUCUUCAUGGCACAUGAUAUUAUAAGAUUUUGUUGUUGUUGUUGAUGAUGAUGACGAUGAUGACAAUGAUGAUGAUCGAUGAUGGCAGUGAUGAUGAUAUGAUGGCAAUGAUGAUGUUGAUGGUGAUUGCUAUGAUGGUUCUUGUGAUCAUGUUGUUGGUGAUGAUGGUGGUAAUGGUGAUCUGGCAAUGAUAGUUAUAAUACAUGUAAUGGUGACGACAAUGAUGAUUAUGAUAAUGAUAAUGAAGGUAAUGAUAGUAGUAAAGGUGACAAUUAUGUUUCUGAUGAUGUACUACACUAUGAAAGAGAACUAAUUUAGUAUUCAGAUGGAGAAUGUGUCAUUGACAUCACUGUGCUAUUGUGUAGGAAAUGCUGUCUUUCUUGAGACCAUGUGAUCUGUUUGAAGAAGUCCACCUUUCCCCAGAGCCAAUGGAUGUAUCACUUCUUUCCCAAGAGCCUGUUGCUGGUUUGUUCAUAAUUAAUAAAUUUGUUAAUUCUUUGUGGCUACUGCAGCCAAUAAAAUUAAGGUCCACUAGACAUUGCUUUGUAAUGGUCUUUUCUCUUCUUUAGUAACUUGGACUUGGACCAAAAUUCAGCUGGGAACUAGGAUUUGGUUCCCCCUAACAAUAAAAGCAAUUUUUUUAUACAGAUUUUUCUGGCACCUGGUUUAUUACCAUUUUUUGGAUAUUAUAUUGUAUCUUUUCCUUUCAGUGAUGUAAAACUACAAUACUAUACUACACCACUCCCUCAAUAUACUGCCGAUAGUUUGAUUUAAUGACUUGUCCUGUUGAUACAUGUUUGUGAUUGCUGGUAACAUAAACUCUUGCAUUGUUAUUUGCAUCUGCAGCUAAAGCCCUGAAGACGUCCUUUGUAGAUUUUUGUAAUCUUAUCAAAAUGGUAUCACAACAGGUAAGGUACAAUCCCAGUUCCAGUUCCAGUAUACUCCUCCAAUCUGUAAUCCUGUCACCACAGAGUUGUAUUGUGGAAUUGACAUUCAACCAAUGCAGUGAAACCAACCUUCCCUUGCUUGCUCCUUUUCGUUUGUUCACUAGUUUUGCAAUAUUGAUAUUGAUCACAGUGCACGGAUUAAGCUUUAUGGAAGUCAUUUUUGUCUUAAAAUGAUUUCCCCGGAAGUGUUAACAUUUUUAUAUUGUUUUUGUUUAUUCAGCUGACCCUAGAACAAAUGUUAGCAUUUGACAAUGAUGUUAAAUAUCAGCUUAACCCUGCUAUAACUGCAGAUCACAUUGCUACAUUUCUCUUAACCAGUGUAAGGUAAGUAUAUAGACUCCAGAAAAGAGUAGAAGGUUUCUCUUUUUCACAGUUUUUUGUAUGGCUGGUAUAGUUAUCAUUAAAUUUUAACCUUGCUCGCCAUAGAGCCCUUAGUAGCUUAGUGGUCAAAGCAUCCCACCUAGAACUCAGAGUGUCUUGAGUUUAAUUCUCACCUGGAGCUCAGAAUUUUUUCUGAACUUUUUGGCCAGAAUUCUCCUUCUUCCAAAUAAAUAUUAAUAACUUUUUGUGGAUUUAAAGUUCUUAAGCAAGUUAAGUUUACUUUUACUUAAUAGUAGUGUUUGACUUUAUUAAAUGGCAGUGAUGACAGCGAUGGCAGUGAUUUGGAGCAACAGCAGGGUGUGGAUGGACAUGCUUUGUAUGAGUUUCAACAGGAGCUGGAGACCAGGUACAAAAGCAUUUUGUUUAAUUAAGUUGUCAUUGGGGAAAGGGAGAUAUAGAUGGUGGGUGCUGGCAGUGAGUAGACUUUAGGCAUAGGCAAGCAAAGUAAGUGGGUGUAACUACUUGUAACGAAGUAACCAUAGCAAUCUAAAGAAUCAAUGUCUACUUAUGCUGGUACAAUCAAACCCCUUUAAUAUGGACACUUAGGGAACCAUAUAAAGUGACCAUACUAAGCAGGUUGAAUCUAAAUAAAAUGUAAGGGUUUUCUUUCCCCAGGGACAAAGGAAACUGUCCGUAAUAAUGAGGUGUCCAUAUUAAAUAGGUGUCUGUAAAGCAGGGUGAGACUAUAACACAAUUGAAGGUUAAAAGGUGGUAAUCCGAGUUUAAAGUUAAUGUUAAAUUAGAAAAAAAUAAUAUAAUUUUUGGAAAUAACAAACUAUUCUCUCUUUUAGUUUACAUAAGGUCAACCAUUUUUUCAAGUGUCUGGAUUUCCUUCUUCAAGGAUUAGAUAUUCAAGGCAUAGUGAAAGAUGGUACAGGAGAUCAGGAUACUGGUAAGAUUUCACUAUGGUAACACAGAUAGACAUCAAAGCUUGUACACAUAAGUUAUUUCAUCCUAUGUGGUGUUAAACAGCUGGGUUCUCAUUUAUGUGGUGUUAUGUUGUUGUUGUUUUAGGUUUGUCUGAUGCAUCUCAUUUAAUGGCUUGCAGCCAUUUAUUCAGCAGUCAUUUGUCUUUGUCUCUCCUCUCCAAGUCUUGUCACCAAUUAGUUACAUCCCGAUUGUCGGUGUGCAAACACCUCCUCGUACUUCUAAGUUUGGUAACAAAGCUUGGCAUUCAUAAGGUAAUUUAUAUAAUUUUCAUCUUCUAAGUACCUUCAGUUGUAGCAGUAAUUUAUUAUUACUAGCAGGGUUGUCAUUAAGAGCCAGGGGCCGGGGAUUUUCCCCAGCUACUAAGAGAGUUGCCCCCAGCUACUUUUAUUGGAAAAUAGAAGAAAAAUAGAACGAAAAGAAAUUGAUAGCUGUUUGAUUGCCCGCCUACUUGUUGUAUUUACCCGGCAACUUAAAAUCUUAGUGACAACCCUGUUACUAGUAUUAACAAAUUGAUAAAUUAUUAGGAAGGAGCUGUAGUAUUAAUAAUACAGACAACUGUAGCAAUGAUUUGUCAGUGUUUCACUGAUUUAAAAGUUGCAACUUCAUCAUAAAUAUUAGAGCAUCAUAAACAAUGCCAGAGGAAAGUGCACUGAAAUUUGGUUUGCAUUGUCAUUUUUAUUUGUUUAUCCAGAUUGGAUUAGAGGUCAGGACAGCAGGGGAUGUGUCAUCAGUUUAUAUUCCACAGACAGUGUUUUUACUGAGGUCAUACUUUGCUCUUCACUGGAUCAUGGAACAAAUUGUCACUUCUACUCCAUCAAAUGCCAUGUAAGUAUCCAGACUUAACAUCUGCUGUGUAGAUUGAAAAUUUUUGAUGCAUCCAUAAGUAAAAUUUCUAAAAUGAAGUAAAUAAACAGGAUUCUGGUAAAGCCUCAAACUUUCUAUUAGUGUAGCUUAAAGGAAAUUUCCAUCAUAUUUUUGCUAAUCUUCCUCUCAAAGAGGGGUGUGGAUGUUUUCUGGAAAAACUUUGCAUAAUAUUUGUCUGUAAGAUACCAUGACUAAAAUUACUACUGACCAAAAAUAAUUAUUAAUAAUUCUUGCAGAGAAUCAAACUUAAAACAGUUAGCAGCCCUGGAAAUAAAUGAUGGAAAGGAUUCAAAGGCAGUUUUUGGUAAGACUUACACUGCUAGACCUCAACUUGUCAGUUAAUCAAGAAGUUAAAUUUGUUGUGUUUUUGCUCUCCUCAGAUGACCCUUCCCUAUCUGUUGGGGAGCUCUUUCUUUGUGGUAUUGGUGGUACUCAGUUGAGGAGGCAUCUGGCUCAUGUACUCAAGGAAAUGCAAGAGCAAGAUCCACAACUCCUGUGGUCCACGUACUUUAACCAAGCUGUUUACACUUUACUGGACCUUCUGUAUCCUUUGAAUUCUGUUAUGUAUUUUUCAUUAAUUUGUUGAGUAAACUAAACAUUUUCUUUAUCAUUUCCUUCAUUUACUUGGAAGGUUAAAAUUAAUAAGCAUACGUCAAUUUCCUUUUGCUCAUAUUACUGAAGGUAUACCUGGAUCUGUUGUGCUAGAGAAAAAUAUAUCACUUUGCUACAUCCCGGGUGUGCCCUGUAUGAGUUUGCCCUGCUCUCCCAAUUUUUUUUUCUGGCAACCCAGUUGUAACCUAUAUGGGAAGGGACAAUGGUCAUAGUCUAUCUUCGUUAUAGGAGACAGUACAUCAAGGCAUCGUCCAGUUAAACUUCUGGCCCCGGUUGUUCAAAAGGUGGAUAGUGCUAUCCACUGGAUAGGCAAUUGGAUUGCUUAACACUUAUCCACUGGAUAGCAAUAAUUUAUCUGGUCGAUAGUGCUAUCCAACAUUUAAACAACCAAGGCCUGAACUUUAUCUGGAGUCCAAUAAGCUGUUUAUCACACCAUCCCUUUAGUUGCAAGUGAGUUUGUGUAGUUAGGGUCAUCACUGCCUGGCCGGUAACUUGUAACAGUACUUAUUAGACAGAAAAACCAGAAACUGAUGAUGCAUCUAUGUAACCCUUUUCUUUCCAUCAUUGCUUUGUGAUGAAAGAAGUCAAAACAAGGAUUUGAAGUUACAAAGAGAACUUGGAACCUCCUGCUCAGAAGGCCAUACACUGACUGUUCUUAUCCUUGUUCCUCAGUUAAACUCUUUGUUAGACCACUAUGUCAGACCACUGACCUUGUAAUAAAAAUUCUACUGUAACUAUUACUUUUGAGUGUGUACCUUAACAUAGUUGACCUAAUAGUUGGCCUUCCAAGGAGAGCGUGCUCUUUCCUGAGUUCCUGCUGACCAGUUAUCAGUAUCUUCACAUUCAAGAGUAUGCCCAUCUGAUUUGCUACUGGUGUGACACCUGCCAAUCAUCUUGGUAUUUUCUACUGGGCCAAUCACAUUUGGUGCUGGGAGAAUAUCACAAAGCCUUGGGAUACUUUUUGAAGGCUGCAAGGGGUAUUGGUGAGUGAUGGGGAUUUCUCUAUUUUAUUUUUUUCGUGAUCAUGAUUAACUGUAGGCCACAUGGCCUCUCAAUGGUAUGGAAAGUAUUGCACCUACAGUUAUGAGAAUAACAAGAAAUAUCGCAUUAACACAGUGGCGGAUCCAGCCCCCCCCUAUUUUUAGACCAAAGUGAGGCCUGAAGGGCAGAAAAAUUUUUUUGGGAGACCCCCCCUCUUAUCUAAGGGUCUAGAUGACCAGCCCCCCCUUAUCUCGAGGUCUGGAUCUGGCUCUGUAACGAAUGAUUCGAUCAGUUGUCAGUUUAAACUCAAGACAAUGUUGUUGUAAGUACACUGUAGUUGUUGCUUGAAAUUUAAUUGUGCUUUCUACCAUGUAGGUUCAAAAGACUCCCUUAUGUCGAAGGUUCUCCAAACUGAUGCCACAGACAUCCCAACAUUACUUGUUCUGUUUUAUGUAAAGGUAGGUUAAGCUGCCUGGUGUAGUAUGCUUAUAUAUUUUACAGUAUAUUGGCUUGGUUGACAUAAGAAAGCAAAGUUAUACACUCCGUGAUUAACUCAAUGUAGGAAGCACCCCUUUGUGGAUAGUUUAGCUUUGUUACCUGCGAGACUAACCAAGUUUAACUAACUGUGUUUCACCAGGGAUUGUUUAAUUUAGAAUUUCACAGAAAAGUAUAAGUAAGCUCACUGCUUAAAACCAUAGAUCCAGAUAGUAAAGUAUCUGCAUACUUCACCGUAAGCAAAACAGAGUGUAAUAUCUGACAUCCUUAAGAAGCAUUUUGCCUUUGUAGUUGUUGUUGUUAAGUUACCAGUGUAUAUAAUUAUUUUCAACAGGUCAUGAAGUUGUUUGAACAGUUUGAUGCUCCUGACUAUGUCAUCCAAGUAGCUCAUAUUGCUCUUGACUUGGCUCCUCCUGAUGAUUCAAAUAUAGUGAGUACAGUUUACAGUGUUACCAGCCUACUUAAUGUCUGCGGGCAAUGGUGAAGCUAGCCUGUGUGUGAGUGUGUAGGUCACCUAUAGGUCAUCAUAGGGUCAUCAUGCCCCAUCAUGGUCCCCCAGAAGCUCCAGCAAAGAGCUAAAAUUGCCGUUUAGUUCCAUCUUCUUUCAUUAAAUUUUUGUUUCCAACAGUUUUGUUUGAUUGAUGCAAAUGUCAGUAAAUAAUGCGUAGCUAAACGUUUAUUCCCUGGUUGCUAAAAAUACAUUGAAAUGCACUUUUCAGGAAAUCUUCCAAAAACAUUUCCCUUGAGGAUGCCCCAAGAUUCCUCCAAUGAAAGGGGGUAGGUCCCUUCAAAUACUUAACCAUACACAGUUCUGCCACAUGAAAGACACACUUUUCAAUCUGAUUACUUGUUGCUUAUUUACCAAUGGGUGCAGUCUGGAAGAGUUGCAUCUUGAAAAAAAAGAAGCUUUGCAAGUUGUGUUCAGGAUUCGGUGCAGCUUGUAAUUAGUUGUUUUCAUGGAAAUCAAAUCCAUGUAUGUCAAGGUGUGGCAGAGAUUGAGUUCCUCUUUAUAUGGGUGUGGUCCUGAAGAGGUUACCAUUUUGCGGGGUGUUGUUACCAUCCUCUUAAGAUAGAUGUCUUCUGGUUCAGCAGAAGUAAAAAAUGAGGGGGGAGCUGAGGUGGGCGUGGUCAUUGGUCGUGGCUGGGUAACCAAUAUUGUUUGCUGGUGUUACAUUGUCAAGAUGGUGGCGGCGGUUGUUAUUGUCAAGUUUUAUUUAUUAUUUAUAUUUUUAAUCGAACCUGUCACCUGCAAGAAUGGUCUUUAGUUAAGUAGUAAGUUACCAAAUACAAACUCUAGUAAGCCCAGCUUAUCUUAUCCAAUGUACUGUAAUGGAAAACUUAGUAAAUACAUACAAGAGGUGUUGAUAGAUGGUUGUAUUUUAGGUCAGGUUGCUGGAUAUGGAUAAAGUCAUCUAUGUUGCUUAAUUUGUUACUUUGCUUUCUUUUUUCUUUCCAGCCUAAUCUUUGGUCAAACAUUUUCAAGCAUCAUCUGGAGUUAGGACAAAGCGAUCUGGCGUAUAAUGCAUUGAUUGCCAAUCCUGAUCCUGUCAGGUUGGUCAUUUUGUAAAUGAAGACAUAUUCCUCAUAUCACAGGAGUCUUGCUAAGUUUAAAUUAGUAAAUUAGAUUUAACUCAGUCACUGAGAAUUAACACUCCCGUUCUGGCUAUUUUGUGUAAGAUGGUCAUUUUUUCAGCAGUCUGAAUUAUAGCUCAAUCAAACUUUGGGUCAUGUGUGGCUGGAUUUUAUAGGUAAUUAUAGAUUACUGUAUUGAUAAUAGGGGAUUUUUUCCUUCUCCGCCUUACCCUCUUCUCGUGAUGUCAACCACAUAACCAUGAUUUUUUAUGUUACUGUGUAAUUACUAGCUGUAAACAUAUAACGAUGCUUUUGGAAUUUAACUCUCAAAAUCCCAACUUCAAUUUUCUUCUUACAAUAUCAGUAUUGUUAAUCAGAAGAAAAGGUUAUGAAAAUGAAUGAAGGGAUCACCAUAAGAAAAAAUGCUUCAAUCUUCUUAAAAAAUUCCCUCUCAACCAAUUCUUUAAGGAUUUGUAUGGAGAGGAGGGGGGCUUAAAGGGUCAAGGCAACAGCUUACUGAUGUUCUAUACUUUCAGACGACGGGAUUGUUUACAUAAGUUCAUGGUGGUUCUUUGUGAAAGAGGUGAAACUCGCAGACUCAUUGAAUAUCCAUUUAUCAACCUUCAAGAUGAGGUACUUGAUACUUAAUGUAUAAUAAGGCUUGCAAAUGUUGUAAUUAUGCUCACUUUUAAGGUGAUGGUUAUGUAGAUGAGUGUAUUCAGUUUGAUUUGUAUGAUCUGUGCAAAGGAGAGGUCGAUCUAAUGGCCUUAAAAAUACUGAAGGCUUCGGAUGCUUCUUUUUCUUUUUAGUUUGAAGAUAUUGUGGAGUCCCAUGCCCGUACAGUAGACAUAACAACUCACAAUUAUUAUGACAUGUUAUACGCUUUCCAUGUAUUCAGAGGAAACUUCAGAAAAGGUAAGAAAACUUUAAAAUGUCUAAAUACUAGCAGAAUAGAUGGUUUUUUUAAAGAAAUACAUCAUACCAGGGUUGCCCAAUCACGGAUGUGUUUCCACUAUAAGAGAGCAAAACUGAUUCAAGUAGGCAUUGGAAUGCCGAUAAUUAGAAAAGGAAAUACUUCAAAAAAGCAGGAAAGUGUAAUUUGAAUAAGAAGUAUAUACCUAAGAAAUUAUUGGUCGUUAAAUUAUAAGUCCAAAAAAUUGGUAAAUCGAAACUUUAUUGAGUUUCACAGUUUCCUUUUAAGGUAUUUUAACAAAACGCGUAAGUGCUUUGCUUACAGUUCACUGUUGAUUACUUCUUUCUUACAUUUAUUCUGGUAUGUUGCAGCUGGAUCAGCAAUGUACGAACAUGCCAUGAGACUCGGUCAGGAGGUCUCUGGACUUGAUAGCUUACAAAAACAGGUAUCGGUAAAAUUUACUAUUAUCCAAUAAGGAGUUUGCAAAACAUGAAAACUUAACACAACAAGAGAUGUAAGAGAGGCUAUAGAAUGAUCAAAAUUAUUUUUAUUUCUUAAAGUCGUGUACCGUGGGGUUCCUGUGCUGCAACAGUAGCUUGAGCAAGUUUUCAGUCCAGUUUGUCGGGUUACCCAUGUUUUCUUUGGUGUGUGGCAGAGACGAAGACAGCAAAGAAAGUCUAAUAAUGCCUUAAGAUUCUUGAGAGAAAACAAGUGCCUUGACCAAUUUUUAACUGCUUUCUUUGUUUACCUGGUCUUCCAGGGGAGAAUUUUCUCAGCUGACCUAAUCCAUAUUUUCAGUAAUGGUCUCUCCUCUCUAAUUGAGAGAUGAGGAGCUUCUUAUUUGUUUGGUGUUUCGUUUGGUAGAAUAUUAUCGUCUGUUUCUUUCUCAAUGACUUACUGCUUUGAUUUCCAUUUUAGGCAAAAUGUUAUUUAGCGGCAAUGAACGCUCUUCAUCUUGUAGAUCCGAAAAAUGCCUGGAUCGUAAAACCCUUAGACAGAGUUGAAAUCAACGUAAGUUGUACCAGGUUCAUUAACAAUUUAACAAACAAUCAUAAAGGCGUGGGAAGGCAUCCUUAGACUAUGCUUUGGAUUUUAAAACACAAUAAACAGUACCACUGGAAAGUACUGCUCAUAAGCUUUCAUUUAAAUGGUCACACCAUAGGAUUUCGUCCACAGACUCUAUUUAUUACUCAACUGUAUGCACAAGGUUCUUUCGUUUUAAUAACGCGUUAUAAACGACCACUUUACCCUUCAUCUUAGUAAAUACUACAAAAAGAAGUUAUGGGUUAAAUGCCUCCUAUUUAUCAUUCCAUAAAUCGUCGUAGAAGCCUGUUGAGCCCCCGAACAUGUCUCCGAAAAGAAAGCAAGGCGAGGAAGGUGACUUGCCCUACCCAGGCCAUAAAGGAGCACCUCGGAGAAAAGUAACCGUGCUAGAGAUGAGGGACUUGGAAGGAGAGUAUCUAUUGGUUCUUGCCAGGUUGCAGUUGAUCAAGAUUGAUGCUGAUCCUACUCAUGCAACAGGUUAGAAUUAGGAUAUAAAUGUCUGUUUUUGUCCAUGGAUGAGAUGGAAGCCAAACGUAACACUGACUAAUAAAUUAUUGAAACCCAAAAGAUUCGGUACAGAAGACGUACCUUCCUGUCCUGAGUUUAAUUGUAAAAAUGUGCUUGUGCAGUUGUUUGCUAACUUGAAUUUUGUUCGCGGACAGAGACUCCCUCCAAUUCGUUUCUGAACGUGUCCUCUCCCUAUGAUGAACUAGCAUCCCGUCCAGGGAAGGGUAGUAUCAAUAUCCCAGUUUUUCAUGCCACAGUUAGUACAAAAAGAGAGGUUACACAGGUGUUGACUUGGCUCCAUGAAGCUUCUGAUUGGCGGGACCUGACUGUUUGCUUCAGAGUUGAGGGCCUCAACUAUCUCCCCACGUGUUUUCUUUUGCCUCUUAAGCUCCCCUCCCCCCUUGUCAGUAAGCGAUGGGUCAUCCAGUUUGGCGAUAUUUAUCACUUCUAUAAAACUGCUGUCAACUUGCCAAGGUUCAUUGGAAUGACCACGCCUUACAAACUACUUUCCCAUAUAGACAAACAAUGGCUCAUACGGCUUGAACAGUCACCGCCCUUACAGGAUUUCAGAUUUUCUGAAAAUGUCUCUUCAGUGGCGGUCGUUCCUUCUACGUGAUUUCUAGACUGGCCUCUGUUAACCAGAUAUUUUAAGUUGAAAAUGAACUUUGUUUUUUGUUUGUGUUUUGUAGGUCCUCUGCUGUCACCCCAGGAAAGUGUUGCAUUAUUGACGCAGGCUGGCCUGUUUGAUAACGCCUUCACUGUAGCCUCACAUUUUAACUUGCCAAAAGAAACAAUAUUCGAAGGACUUGCUUCAAGGUAAGGGAGUACAAGUCCCUCAAAUAAUUUGACAUUUGAAAAUCGGUCUCAUUUAGGGAAGCAUUUUUUCUUAACGUCAAAAGCAAGCUGAUGUCAUUCCUUGGAGAAGUUACUUGUUUUAUUUUUAUUUUUUUGUUUCGUAACAGGUGUGUAAAGUUAUCUCAUCAGGGGACUGCACUUACCAGGUAAUUAAACAGCACUUAGUUCUCACAAUACAGAAACGAGAACUCUUUGCUACUAUCAUUAAUGUGAUAUAUCAGAUCAGUUAUCAUUUUCAUCCAAGUAGAGCUCCCACGAUUCAGAGGAUGUUUAAAAAAUAAUUUUACUUGCAUGUUAGGCUCUUUUAUCUUUUGUCUCUUGAUAAUCAUUUUGCUAUUGAUUGCGACGUUUCCACCGUGUACUGAUCCGUACUGCAGGUCUUCAUCAAGCGAUGGUGUAGGAUCAUUAGAACUAGAGCUUAUCUUCACCAUUUGCCUGAUGAACACGUGACCAGCAGUGCACAUGCGCUGUGGAUACGUCGUUAUCAAAAACAAAAUAACAGUCAUCGUGAGGCGAAGGUUUAGCGAGUUCUAUCAUACACUUUACUUCUAGAGGCUCCUCGACAUUUCAUCUCCUUUCUUGUUGAAGUUUUGGUAAAAUUCUCUCCUAAUACGCGGGUAAGAUUGUAUCGCAGCCUGUCCACUACUUCCCCCCCCCCGCGACGUUUCUUAAGUUCUACGUACGUGAUUGCCUUAUUCUUCGUUGGUCACUACUGCAAAUAUAGGUCUUACACGUCUUAUAAUAGAGCAAACGACUGUCUAUUUGCAGACAAGCUGAACAGGACGCGUGGGACUGGAUUUUAUCUAAUGACCUUGGUGAGGCGCAGGUUUCCGGUUAUAAAAGGUACUAAAGGGUGUAUUGUAUUGUGCGGUUAGUCGGUGAAGGCUUGUAAUUUGAAUGAUUUAAAAUAUUGUCGCCCUAAUAAACUAUUCUUGUUUUUGUUGUUGUUACAGUGUUGCAGAUCAGGCCUGGCAGCUAUUGAAACUCUACCUUGACAGGCUUGGAUCACGUGAUGGUUACGUGUAUUACAGAUGUGUUGCGACUAAACUGCUGUCAGCUGGGGCCACACUGCCCACGUGGCUUGUGAAUGAUUACAAGGUGAGAUCAGUGUGAACAUGUUGUCCAUCGGAAAAUGACACUGAAAUGAAGUCUACAUGAAUCGAAAACUAGAACCACUUUGUACAAAAUGAUAAGCAGUUCUACAUUAACCCAUGAAUGCUCACUCCAUAGGAUUUCAUUCACACGACUCAAAAGUUAGAACCACCUUGUACAGCAUAAUAAACAGUACCACAGGAAAGUACCGCUCAGUAGCUUUCAUUUGAAUGGUCACCAUACGAGUUCAUCCAAAAGUCUAAAAGGUAGAACAUUUGACUGAACAGUGCCAUAGGAAAGUACUGCUUUAUUAGUUUGAUUUGGAUGGGGUUUCAAUUAAAGGCUGGUUUUCAGUAGCGACGGAGUCGGAGUCGGAGUCGUAAGCGGAGUCGUAAGAGCGCUUAUGACCGAGUGAAAAUCAAAAAUCGGAGUCGUAAGCGGAGUCAUAAGCGCGACGUAAUCGGAGUCAAAAGAAUCAGAACGUUUCCAUUUCUUCCGACUCCGCUUACGACUCCGUCGCUUACGUUCCGCUUAUGAUCUAGUGAAAACCAGAUUGUCGGAGUCGGAAGCAGAAGCGGAAGGAUAAACCAGUCACAAUGCACGUUCCUACGCUUUGUGAUUGGUUUGGUUCUUCUGCUUCUGCUUCCGACUCCGACAAUCUGUUUUUCACUAGAUCAUAAGCGGAACGUAAGCGACAGAGUCGUAAGCGAAAUCGGAACGCUGUUUUCACUAUAUCAUAAGCUCUACGCUUCUGAUUACGACUCCGACUCCGACGCUAGUGAAAACCAGCCUUUUUUUAACUAAUGGAUAGCUUCUUGAGUUUGUGCCUUUUUUAACAACAAGGUUCAUUACAGUAAAAAUAACUCCAUAUCCAUGUACCUUUUUUGACAGCGAGUCAAUGCUCCUGAAUUACUCCGCUUGUACAUUAAUUACGAUCUGCUGAUUGAAGCAGUCACACUCGCUGUAGAAUACAUUCAAGCUGUUCUUGGCAAUGGCAAAGAAUACUUCGGUCUCAAGGUAAACACUUUAACAACAAUGAAUUUUGUCCCUUAUUUAAUCUUGUAUCAGAGGAAAACCAGUUCUAAAAUCUUAAACACGAUUUCCGAACGCUUUGAGAGGUUUCGGCUUAGUUACCGACAAUUUCCGGCUUGGUAUCGAUCAUUUCUGGCCGGUUACCAGUUUUUGUUUAAAAAGUGACCCAUAAUUGACCUUUGUUAGCUUAUAUGUUUUGUUUUCCCAUUUCAGACCACGUGAUGUAACCCCAGAGGUCUGUUUCUUUCAAUUAUCGUCCUAUGUUCGUGUUUCCACCUGGAUAUGUAUGCAUAAUUUAUGAAAAGACAAAAGGCGUAUUCUGUUGAGAACAUCAUGUUCUGAAUUGGGAAAGCAGAACAUGCAUGCUAAAAAUAUCUCUAGGCCAUUUACACCAUCAUUUUACCACUACUGCAACCAGAAUCCAUUUCGUUUUUCCUUUCACAUUUAAAUUGGGUAAUCCCAGUGAGGUUAACAAGACCUAAUUUGCACAAGAAAGUGAAACUCUGAUGGAUUCUUGUAGUAGAAGUCAGAAGACGUCAUCGUACAAAUCGCCUAUUCAAACAUGGUACCAUUUUACCUUUCUUUGUACUGCGUUUUCUGUCUGUUUUCUACAGUGUCAGGUUUGUUCAUUAUCACGCAAACUGCUUUAGGUCUCAGUAUCACUCGAAAAAUGUCACAUUGAGACGAAAUCACUGACGUCAUAUUACUUUAUUCCCAGAAUGCCUUGCACGCUACUAGUCCAAGUGUGUGGCUUCCUUAUACGGCGAUGGAUCAGCUGUUAGUAUUGUUAAAAGAUGUACAACCUGACUCAGAAUUAGCCAAGGUACGUCCUGUUACGUCAAAUACUCUUCAUUUUCUCCUUUUGAACCGCCGUCUGAUUCUAGAAUUCUAAUGGAGACAAUUCUUCCAGCUUUACAACUGACAACCACUAAGACUAAAAGCCACUAUGUGGACUACAGUCAGUAGUAUUAUUAGACUUCCUGAAGGGUUAUCCACCCGUGGGCAAGACUAUAGCAUUACAGGAACUUAAAGGAAUAACAUAUCAUUGCAUUACUCUUAUGCGCUAUUUGUUUGUCUUUUUGUACAGGCACGCGACGAGCUUGUAGAGCAGCUUGACACAUUUCAUGAUCAAGUUGUCACGGUGUCACGUGACAUGACUACAGCGCAGUGGAAACGUGCCCAGCGGUUUCACGCAGCGGAAGCAAUUCCCAUAGAAUGACCUCAUGUUUUCGAAAAAAAAACUUAGUUUAUAAUCUGUUAUAAAUACAUUUUGCCCAUUUUUGUAAAUGCAUACAAGAUAUAAAAAAAGAUAUGAACAGGCCACGAAAACAAGUCAAUCAUCUGCGGAAAAAAUAACAGACACUUUCACUUCUUUAUACCGAUUAAUAGGUUAAAAAAAACCGUUAAUCUUUCCGUUUAUACUAAACCAAAUAUAUAUGCCAGUUGUUUUUUUGUAAGAAAGUUUUUGUAAACUAUAUCUUUUAGACAUCACUGAAAACUAAAGUAGACUAAGUCGCAUUCUUAAAUGAGUAAUGAGGCGAUAAUUUUGAGGCGAGGGAAGACUGACUAUACAAGGUGAUGUGCAGAUUUAGUGGAACGACAAAACCUGACUCCUUCGCUCUCAUUGCUCCCUACCUAGCAGCAUCCCUCCCUUUAAUUUAUUUGUAAUCAUCCCUUGUCAGUUUUAACCCUCUGUAUCUGCAAGCCAGGUGUUGAGCGGAUAACUAACAACUCCUCUGUAGCUAGG